ACACACACAGAAACACAGAGAGAGAGAGAGAGAGAGAGAGAGAGAGAGAGAGAGAGAGAGAGAGAGAGAGAGAGAGAGAAAUGGAGUAUGGUAGGAAGGGUAGAUUGGGCAUGGCGGCCCAGCGGAAGCGAAGGGUUUUGGGGACGCGAUUGUCGAUGGCAAGAGGAGGAGCAGGAGAGAAGAAAGGGGGUAAGCUGGAGCAAUCAUUGGAGGAGGUUACGGACUACUCCCAGUGUAACGGAGUUGCCACGUCGGACUGGGGCGAUCAGGCAUCGUCCUUGUCCCGACGUCAACGAAACGAGGAAGAGGACUUCGAGGUGGUAGAGGAGGGUGUCGAGGAGGAGGAGGAGGAGGAGGAGGAGGAGCUGGCGGUAGGAGGAUCGCGGUUUGAUCUUGAAAGGGGUGCACAUCCUUUGGGCGUCCGGCCUCUCGGAAAUCUUCUCUUUGACGUCGACGCGGGAGAGCGCGGUGUGCGGCACAACGUGCGUGACGUCGGGCUCGGGGAUCUCGCGAUUCUGUCGGACGCAACCAUCUUGGACAUCGUGGGGCAUUUGAGCGGUCGGGAUCUUGCCCGACUGGCGCUCGUCAGCAAGGCGUUUUACGUGUUUUGUUAUCAGGAUGACACGUGGCGGGCCCUGGUCGUCGAGGAACUGCGUGGCGACUUCCGCUUCGCCGGCUCCUGGCGAGAAACGUAUCGAACGGCUAAGGAUCCAUCGUCAUACAAGUUAGCCGCCGCCUACGCCGCCGAUGGGAGGAAGAAGGGGAAUCGCGACAACUUCUCGUUGGCGCCGCUGCGAGUGAAAGGGUUUUACUCCGACUAUCUGUUUCAAAGUUGGCUUUGUGCAAGUCUGUCCAUAAAGGACGAGUGGUUGCGGCGCGAUAAUAUCGUCCGGAGGAGAUGGCCAGAUCUGACGGUGGAGGAGUUCGUCGAGAAAUUCGAGGUGCCCAAUCGUCCGGUGCUGAUCUCUGGUCUGACCGACGACUGGCCGGCGGUCAAACUCUGGGAUCGCGACUAUUUGCUUUCGCAGGCCUCGGCGUGUGGCGCGAAAUUCGCGUGCGGGCCCGUCGACAUGCGUCUUGACGACUUCUACGUCUACGCUGACCGCGCGCAGGAGGAGAGACCUAUCUAUCUGUUUGACCCCAAAUUCGGGGAGAAAGUCCCGCAGCUUGCGAGGGACUACGAGGUGCCUGGAUAUUUCGCCGAGGACCUGUUCUCCGUCUUGGGUCCGGAAGGCCGUCCGCACUAUCGCUGGCUCAUCAUCGGUCCGGCCAGGUCGGGAUCCUCCUUCCACAUCGAUCCCAACUGCACCUCCGCGUGGAACGCCGUCGUUCGCGGCAGCAAGAAGUGGGUCCUGUACCCGCCGGAGAUGGUGCCCCCUGGCGUUCAUCCGAGCGCGGAUGGCGCCGACGUGACGUCCCCUGUCUCCAUCACGGAAUGGUUCAUGAACUUCUACCACCUCGUAUCUAGGGACAUGAGCGCGGAGGGGGAAAGGGGGGGGGGAGGUGCCCGAAACAAGGCAGCAACACAACGGCGGCCGGUGGAAUGCGUGUGCAGGGAGGGAGAGGUGGUGUUCGUGCCCCGUGGCUGGUGGCAUAUCGUCCUCAAUCUCGAGGACUCCGUUGCCGUCACACAGAACUACGUCAGCAGGCAAAACCUUCUCCAAGUGUUGGAUUUCUUAAGGAGCCCAAAUGCGAAGGUGGUUGUCUCUGGGACAGAUCGGCGGGAGAGUUUGCAUGAUGAAUUUCGGUCCAAGUUUGAAGAAUUCCAUCCCGGAGUAAUUGCGCACCUUGAGGAAAAAGCGAGGCAGAAAGCUGCGAAGGCAUCAAAGAUGCGGAGCUUUUGGGAUAGUGUUGCUGAUGUCAACAGUCAAACAGGGGGGUUCAAGUUCGGGUUUUGACGGAGAGGUUGGUGGUUUGUCACAUUGUGAUGCAUUGUGCAUUGUGUUGGCUGAUGUUUUGCUUUUGUUAUCUGGAAACUCCAGCGGCAUUUUUGUGUGCACCUUUAUUUCCAAGAAGAGGGAGGAUGAUAUUGAUCUUUACAGCGCCCUGAUGAGAUGGUAAAACUCCCUGAAAGUCUGUCACAGCCCCACGUUUGUUGUCCUCUUCCCCCUCUCCACGCCUCACCAGGCAGUUUCCCGUGAUGAUAUGUCGUAUACGUGAAUAUAUACUACAAACUAGUAUUUCUUGUCAGUGGUGGGGCCUGACCCUGGUGGUCAGCCCUUUUUCCAUUGUCGGAUGGUGGAAAGGGCGGUUGAGAUUUGUGUUGGUGUGAAUGGUGGACGGGUAGAUCGCUAGAAGCUGUAGAUGCAAAAAAGCGUGCAGGAAUGCGGACUCUGUGAUAACGAGU